UUCUGUUGAGUAUAUAUAUUUUUAUAAAAGUUUUGCUUCUUUGUAACCAGCUAAACUGGAUACUUUUCACAACAAUUAGUAUAUAUAUAUACACAUAUGUUCCACAUGUGUAUAUAUAUAUAUAGGAGUAGGGCUUUGGUGGAAAUAUAGGACAACACACCUGUAAUGAUAACGACAAAACUAUGAUUUUGCAAAACUCCAGGACUUAAAAUAAUAUCAAAGUUGCGAAUAAGGAAGGCAGCAAAAUGAGUCGCAGAUGUCCCAAAGACUAUUCGGCACUACCACCGCCACAAGAUCCCAAUUUUUUGCAAGUACCACAACGAAGAAUAUGUCCACCAAGAGGACGGAGAAGUCCUUCCUUAUCUCAAAUAUGCCCACAAGAAAUUGGUUCACCACCAUCUGCAAAAAUGGUGAUGCCAGAUAGUCCUUUAGUAGAUAGAAAUAUUGGUGUAGCUGCACAUAGAGCUCAUUUACGUGCAGUACGCGAUCAAUUUCCGACACAAAUACCAUGUCCACCACCUCGGCCCCCAAAUUAUACAGGAGCACCACCAUCGAGACAACAAAUAUGUGAGACACCACGGACAACACGCCCAAGUUCAUCGCUACCACAUAUGCAGAGACCACCUGCAAGAGGUGCAAGACCAUGUCCAUCAAAAACAGCACUGCCACCAAGACCUAAUAAAGCGGCAAUGUUGCGUGCAGCUGCACAAAAACCAUCAUAUGCUCCUCCUCCAACAAAGCGAACGGGUUUUGAUGCUUAUCAACAACGUGGGAUUUGUCCUCAGCCUCUUAAAAAACGUCUAAGAGACGCAAGAGCUCCUAAAGUUCCAUCAGUUGCUAAACUAAUUCCACCAUCAUAUGGAGUCAAUCCUCCCAGACGUACACUUCCUCCAUCUCAAGUGAAUGCCAUUCGUGCAUGCGUCCCAAUAGUUGGAAAAACUAGACAGACAAGAGUAUCGAAAGGUCGCGUACCUAUGCCUCCUUAUAAUACUCCAGAUCUUUCUGGUUUUAGGUCACCAGACAGAAGUUCCACAAUACCAUCAUUUGAUAGAUUUACUAUUCCAGAUGAUCCGAAUGACAUCAUUGAAUAUUCAGAUCCAGCACUAAUGGAGCCCACAACUCCACAAGGAGCUGUAUGUCCAUCUCGGCCUACACCACAGAGGAGACGAGAUCCUAGAUUACCUUCUGCUAUAAGUACGCCUAUCACAUAUAGUCCUAUACAACAGAGGUUGAAUAGAACUCCAAUACCAGGAGUGUCACCAGAACGUGCUGCAAAACCGAUGCCCUUUUUUGAUUCACGUUUAGAAACAACAUUUCGAUCAGGUGGCCCAUGUGCACCAGUUCAACCUUCACCAGUACAAGCUUCACCACAACCAUGUGCGCCUUCACCACAACCAUGUGCGCCUUCACCACAACCAUGUGCGCCACAAGCGGCAGCAGCAAAUAAAGCAAAUGCUCAACGACUGCGUGCUGAAAGGAAUGCACGUUUAGGUCGAAUAAAAGGUCCUCAAUUUCCGGUUUAUAAAAAACCAAUGAAAUUUUUACCUCCUGAACAACGUGGAUUCGGAGCAGCUGGUAAACGUGGUAUUUGUCCGGCACCCAUAAAACGACCUGCACCUACUAAACCUCUUCCGAAGAUACCAACCGCUAAUAAAGCAGCCGCACUUAGAUUGGCUGCAAAAGAAAAGCAACAGGCUCAAGAAAGAGCCUGUGCUGAAGCUGCAGCAAAAAAGGCAAGAAUGGCGGAAGCAAGAAGGCGUCAACUAAGAAGAACUGCAUCAAAACAACAGGCAGCACCAUGUGGACCAGCGCCUAGAGUAAGUCAGUCACAAAGAAAUAUUGCACAGGCUCCUACUCUUAACAGGGCAGCAGCUCUCAGACUGGCCGCUAAAGAAAAACAAGCUCAAGCGAAAGCUCAAGCUGAAGCUUGCGCAGCAGCGCGAAGAGGUCCAAGGCCAGGCGCUCGCGCACCAAGACAACAAAUACCAAUUGCUGGUAAAGCGGCUCCCAGAGUAACCCAAUCGCGCAGAGCAAUUCCACAAGCACCUACCAUUAACAGAGCAGCAGCUCUGAGAUUAGCUGCAAAAGAAAAGCAACAGGCUCAAGAAAAAGCUCGAUGCGAAGCACAAGCUAAAGCUGCUGCUGCACGAAGGCGUCCGGCGCCAAGAGCCCGACAAACGGCACCAAGAAGUGCAGCAGCACCUGCGGCAGGACCAUGCAGACCAACUCCACAAGUUAAACUUACUAAAGCAGCGGCGCUUAGGUUAGCUAAGAAAUCUUCAUCCCAAAUCAAACCACCCACUGUUCCAUGUAAGCCUCCUGCAAGGAGAGUUCCUUCUGCUCCGAAAAUACCUGCUGCGAAUAAAGCAGCAGCUCUUCGAAUGGCUAUGAAAGGUCAGGGACCAUGUCCGCCUAAGCGACCUACAGGUUUUCAGGCUCAGCCAACACGUCAGAUAUGUCCACCACGUAUUACAAAACAACUUAGAGAUACAAAAGCUCCUAAAGCACCUGUAGUUAAAACUACAAAAGCUAGUAGAGCAAGAGCUGAAAAGUUACCACCAGGUGCCAAGCAAAUUGGACGUAGGCCUGAUUCAGGAUGGUGGUGCUCGCGUACAGAAGACACUGGUCAACCGAAAAAACCUGUAAAACCUCUUACUAUACAUACAGUUAAAAGAGAGUUCCCAAUAUUAAGAGAAAAAAAGCCGCAACCCCCUCCAAUGAAACGUGGAUUUGGUGCUUAUUCAAAACGUCGAAUAUGUCCUGAACCUAUGAAGAAAGCAUCUGUUCCACCACCUUCUCAAAGAGUUCAAGCAAGACCCAAUCGAGCAGCACAACUGAGAAUAGCUGCAAAACCUCCAUGCCCAGUGCCUGAAGCAACAACUAGAAGAAUGCCACCAAAACCACCCGCGAGGAGACCCCCUUCACGACCGCCAUGUCCACCAAUAAAUCAAAUGAAAUAA